AUGAGCGGGGCAAUGCGUUCCGUGAGAAAGGGCAUAUCGUGUCCGUACCAGGACCCCAACUGUACUCGCAUCGUGGAGACACUUUCUUCCUGGAAUGAAUCGGUGGGUAAUGCCUACCGCCUGGUGGACCUUCCACCCGCCACCACUUCACUCACCUCAGUGGCCAAGGUACAGGAGACACGCCACGCUUUCCCAACAGUGGAUGUGCCUGACCAUGCUCACUACACUAUAGGGGUGGUCAUUCUGGCCAUUGGCAUCACAGGAAUGGUUGGAAACUUCCUGGUCAUCUAUGCUUUCAGCAGGAGCAGAUCUCUGCGGACUCCAGCGAACAUGUUCAUAAUUAACCUGGCCAUCACUGACCUGCUGAUGUGUGUCACCCAGGCGCCCAUAUUCUUCACCACAAGCAUGCACAAAAGAUGGAUCUUUGGAGAAAAGGGUUGUGAGCUCUACGCGUUCUGUGGGGCUCUGUUUGGGAUCUGUUCCAUGAUCACUCUAACUGUGAUCGCUGUGGACCGCUACUUUGUCAUCACGCGCCCGCUGGCCUCCAUUGGUGUCAUGUCCCGUAAACGAGCCUUCCUCAUCCUUGUGGGGGCCUGGCUUUACUCCCUGGGCUGGAGCCUACCUCCCUUCUUUGGCUGGAGUGCUUAUGUCCCCGAAGGCCUGUUGACCUCCUGUACCUGGGACUACGUGACCUUCACCCCCUCCGUGCGUGCCUACACCAUGCUGCUGUUCAUCUUCGUCUUCUUCAUCCCCCUCAUCAUCAUCAUGUACUGCUACGUCUUCAUCUUCAAGGCCAUACGCCACACCAACAAGGCCGUCUGCAAAGUGGGCGGCUCCAACGGGAGCAGCAGAGACUCCAUCAAGAGCUUCCACCGUCUGAAGAACGAGUGGAAGAUGGCGAAGAUCGCUCUCAUCGUCAUCCUACUGUACGUCAUCUCCUGGUCCCCCUACUCCAUCGUGGCCCUGACGGCCUUCGCAGGGUAUGCAGACAUUCUGACGCCCUACAUGAACUCAGUUCCUGCUGUGAUUGCCAAGGCUUCAGCCAUCCACAACCCCAUCAUCUAUGCCAUAACCCACCCCAAGUACAGAUUAGCCCUGGCCAAGUACAUCCCCUGCCUGGGGGCCCUGUUGUGCGUGCGUCCCCGAGAGCUUCGCUCCUUCAGCAGCAGCUUCAUGUCCACACGGCGCUCCACAGUCACCAGCCAGUCCUCGGACAUCAGCCACAACUUCAGACGCACCAGCACAGUCAAGUCCCGUCUCUCCUCUGUCUCUGACAGUGAAUCGGGCUGGACAGACACAGAGGCUGAACUGGCAGGUUCGGGCUCCAGGCCUGCUAGCCGUCAGGUGUCCUGUGAUAUUAGCAAGGACACGGCCGAGCUGCCUGAUUUCAAGCCCUCGUGCUCCUCCAGCUUCAAGUCCAAGAUCAGGAACCAUGACUCGGGCGUUUUUGAGAAGACCUCAUAUGACACAGAUAUAUCCAUGGCAGGUGUGGGCCACUGUGAGCGAGGACAACCUCCAGCUAACGCUGACUUGGAAGGAUCGGUGACAAGAGGAAUGAUUGGUCGGAUUCCAAGCAUUGUCAUCACGUCAGAGUCCAGCCCCUUCUUAGCUGUCCUUCGAGCCAGCUCCCGCUCCUCACGCACCCGAGCGUUCAACGGCAUCAUCGGGGCUGGGGAUGUUACUAUGGAGACGAUGGGGAGUGUUCAGCAAGGUCCCACCCUACCUGCCAACGUCAUCGAUUCUUCUGCUCCAACCGUCUGA